GCUCCAGCUCCACAAGGGGGGGCUGCAGGAUAUAUGCUUUUGUGACGAACUCCCUGGUUUCAAAGACUGAAUCCAGUUUCUGCGGACAGACCGACGGGCAAGGACAUCCUAAAGCCGCGAGGAACUCUCCCACUGCCCUAGUCCGCACAGAGAAAACAAAUCAACGAGCGAGCUUGCGCCACUGUUCGCGCGCCUCCCUUGAGCCUCGACUCUGCUUAUGCACUUUUUGUGCAAGAACAGGAUAAUAGCAACGAUACUUUGCUGUUCCGAGGUCUGGAUUUAUUACAGACAUUUUGGUGAAAGAUAAAGAACAUAACAAGGACAUGUUACAACAGUAAUGAACAUUUGAACUGGGUGGGAGUUAUAUUUUGCUCCGAAUUCAUGGAUGCUUGUGGCUUGUUUGGGGUUCCCUAAAAUCCAUGGAAGAAAACUAAUCUCUUGUUGUGUUAUUGUUAAAACAGAUAAAAGCCUGUUGUAUGACUUAUUUAGACCUACUUAGAAUGUAGGACUUAUUUUGGACAAGAUCGAUGGGUGGUAGAGUGCUUUUGGAAAGGCUUUUGAACGAAAACACCGCAAAUGGAAAUGCCAACUUUCCGGAGCCUCCAACAUGCAUGACUCAGAUGUAGACACUGGUGGCCUGUUAGGAGAGAGUGUUGCCUGGGUGUCCUCAAGAACUAUAUACUGCAGAGCAGGAUAGAACAUUUGACACAAAGCAUAAAGAAGUGGUUUAGAGGAAGUGGAUAGCUGCUCUUACUGAGCCACGCCUGAUCCAUAAACACUCCACUCAGUGAUGAGUCAAACAUCAUAUAGUGUCAAAAACCCAACCAGACCACGAUGGGAUUGCAGCUUCCACAAGGGAUCACAGGCUGGCUCUUUGGACACUACUCUCCCUGGGAGACAUAGCCACUAACGAAGCAAGGCAAGCCAAGAAGCAGUGCUCCUGCUCAGGCACCUUCAGCAUCGCUGGAGCUGCGGCCCCCAAAGCUUCUGCCCAUGCUGUGUCCCCUCCGCUGCACAUGGGCAUGGGCUCCCAGGAGCCUGCUUGCCCUGCCCCGUGUUCAUAGUUGACUGAGAUCUUUCUGAGGGCCUGAAUUGUCAUGGGCAUCAAUCUGGAUCAAUGAAUCAAAACCUUUUCUCAACUGGUGCACUACGUUCAGCAGGCUCCAGCACGCUUCAGAGGAGCUCCAGUUAGCAUUAGGAAGAGGCAGUUGACCUCAAACCCAAAAGGAGUUGGAAAUAGAAAUAGAGAAAUAGAGCUUGCUCUUCAGUCCUUUGGAAUAGCCUUUAUGACCAUGAUAUCCAGCAUCAUAAGGACCUGUACAUCUUCAGUCCAGCUUGUGCCUCUCCUGUUGCUGUUGUGGAUGGCUGGGCUCAGUGCGGCCCCCUCUGGCCCAGAGUCAGACACGUGCUCCACACUUGUCCAGAACCGCUUUUUUGGCUUCUUUUUCUCCUCCUUUGUCUUUCCCAGUUCCCCCUGUUCCUGGACCCUUCAGAACCCAGACCCCAGACGAUACACCAUCUUCAUCAAAGUCACUAAGCCCUCGGAGGACUGCAUGCCCCACCAACACCGCACCUUCCAGUACGACUCCUUCCUGGAGACCACCCGCACCUACCUGGGUAUGGAGAGCUUCGACGAGGUGGUGAAGCUGUGUGACCCCUCCACCCACAUGGCCUUCUUGGAAGCAGGCAAACAGUUCUUACAGAUACGGAAGGGGCCACUCAGGGUGGGCUCUGACAAUGGGGAGGGGAGCGAGGAGUUUAAGGUUGAGUAUUUAGUGGUGGGCAAGCGAAACCCUAGCAUGGCUGCCUGCCAAAUGCUGUGCCAGUGGUUGGAGGACUGCCUAACCUACAGCAACUCCAACCGGCCUUGUGGCAUCAUGCAGACACCCUGCCAGUGCUGGGACCCCCCUACACUUGAUAAAGAGGUGAGCGGCUGCUACCGAGAUGGAAUCUUCCUGGAAAACUGCCUUCCCACCAUGAACGAGCCAACAUUUGACACAGACAACAAUGGAGGCUGGAGUAGCUGGGGAAACUGGGCUGCAUGCAGCAGUGAGUGUGGGGGUGGGGUUCAGACCCGUACGCGCAUGUGUCAGUCUCCUCCAGAGGAGGCCUACCUGUGUGACGGGGUACUGGAGGAGGGCCGACCCUGCAAUUCCCAAACCUGCAUCGGCAAAGGCCGGCAUGGCUCACGCAGCCAAUCGCUGCGAUCGGUGGAUAGCCGCAAACGAGAGGACGUGGACAAGGAACCUAGUGGACAGCAGUCUUCUCAGACAGACUCUCCAUCAGGUGAGGAGUGGUCUCCAUGGAGCGUGUGUUCGGCCACGUGUGGCGAGGGCUGGCAGAGUCGCACACGCUUCUGCGUCUCCGUCUCAUACAGCACACAGUGCAGCGGCCCGCUACGUGAGCAGAGGCCCUGCAACAACACCGCCGUGUGUCCAGCUGCUCUGAUUGCAGUGCAUGGUGCGUGGGAUGAGUGGUCUCCAUGGAGUCUAUGUUCCUCCACCUGUGGCCGUGGAUAUAGGGACCGCACACGCACUUGCAAGCCACCACAAUUUGGGGGAUAUGCAUGUGUGGGCCCAGAGAAACAGACCAAAUUCUGCAACAUUGCUGUCUGCCCAGUGGAUGGUGUGUGGAAUGAGUGGUCCAGUUGGAGCACCUGUUCAGCAUCCUGUUCUAAUGGCACCAUGCAUCGCACACGGGAGUGUAAUGGCCCAUCCUAUGGUGGCUCUGAGUGUCAGGGCGAGUGGCUUCAGUCUCGUGACUGCUUCCUGAGAGAGUGCCCUGUAGAUGGUCGAUGGCAACAGUGGACUUCCUGGUCAGGCUGUACCAAGACUUGUGGCGGGGGGAGCCAGCAGAGACAGAGGGUGUGCUAUGGACCCUUCUUUGGGGGGGAGCAAUGCCUAGGAGACCGUGAGGAAGCACGCUCCUGUAAUGAGAAAAGAUGCCCAGAGCCCCAUGAGAUUUGUGAUGAGGAGAACUUCUCUAAUGUUGUGUGGAAAAGAACUCCGGCUGGAGAUACAGCAGCUGUACGCUGUCCACCCAAUGCUGUGGGCCUCAUCCUUCGCCGCUGCUCUCUGGAUGAAGAGGGUAUCGCCUACUGGGAGAGUCCUACAUACAUGAAGUGUAUCUCUAACGACUACCGCAGCAUCCAAACAUUGACCCGUGAACACCUGUCAAAGGCACAGAGGGGACUUGUAGGAGAUGGAGUGUCUGAGGUAAUGACCAAGCUGAGGGUGAUCUCCAGUGAUGGAACCAGCUACAGUGGGGAUCUCCUGGCUAUAGUGGAUGUAUUAAAGAACAUGACAGAGAUAUUCAGAAGGUCCUACUACAGCCCAAGCAGUGCUGACAUGAGGAACUUUGUUCAGUCUAUUAGCAACUUGCUGAUGGAGGAAAAUAGAGACCGAUGGGAAGAAGCACAGCUGCUGGGUCCUAAUGCUAAGGAGCUCUUUCGUCUGGUGGAGGACUUUGUCGAUGUCAUCAGCCUGCGAAUGAAGGACUUUCAGGAUACAUAUGAGGUCACUGACAACCUUGUGUUGAGCAUUCACAAGCGACCCAUGGCAGGCAAAGCCGAUAUCAACUUUCCCAUGAAGGCCUGGAGGGGCAUGGCAGACUGGGCCCGUAACUCAGAUGAGAGGGUGACCAUCUCCAAGAAUAUUGUGUCAUCGGGUAGCCCAGAUGAUGACACUUCAGCAUUUGUGACUGGCAUUGUCCUUUAUCGAAACCUCGGCAGUAUACUGUCUCUUCAGAGAAACAACACAGUGCUAAAUUCCAAGAUGAUUACUGUGACGAUCAAGCCCACCCCCAGCUCACUCACCGCCCCAGUGGAGAUCGAGUUCUCCCACCUUUACAAUGGAACAACCAACCAAACCUGCAUUUCCUGGGAUGAGAGUGACAGCGCUUCGCUGCUUGGGUCCUGGUCUGCACGAGCCUGCAGAGCUGUGCCCCUCGACUCAUUCAGAACCAAAUGCGUGUGUGACAGGCUGUCCACCUUCGCCAUUUUAGCGCGCCUAAAUCUUGAUACGAACAUGGACCCAUCCAAGAGCCAGCUGCCCUCAGUGACACUGAUUGUUGGCUGUGGGGUCUCUUCACUCACUCUCCUCCUCCUCAUCAUCAUCUACGUCUCUGUAUGGAAGUACAUUCGCUCUGAGCGCUCUGUCAUCCUCAUCAACUUCUGCCUGUCCAUCAUCUCCUCUAAUGCCCUCAUUCUCAUUGGACAGACUCAGACACGCAACAAGGUUGUAUGCACCCUCGUAGCUGCAUUUCUGCACUUCUUCUUUCUCUCCUCCUUCUGCUGGGUUCUAACAGAGGCAUGGCAGUCUUACAUGGCUGUGACUGGCCGCCUGAGAAACCGCAUCAUACGUAAACGCUUCCUCUGCCUGGGCUGGGGACUACCUGCCCUUGUUGUGGCUAUCUCGGUUGGAUUUACCAAGGCAAAGGGAUAUGGUACAGUUAAUUACUGUUGGAUGUCUUUGGAAGGUGGACUCUUAUAUGCAUUUGUGGGACCAGCUGCUGCAGUAGUCUUGGUUAACAUGGUUAUCGGGAUUUUGGUUUUUAACAAACUGGUGUCGAAAGACGGCAUUACUGAUAUGAAACUGAAGGAGAGGGCAGGUCAGAUGACAGUGCCACUGUACAAUAUGACGCUCAAAUGUGCCAAGUGCGGAGUUAUCUCGUCGGCCGACCUUUCCACCACAGCUACCAGUAACGCCAUGGCAUCACUAUGGAGCUCCUGUGUGGUGCUGCCACUGCUGGCACUCACCUGGAUGUCUGCAGUGCUGGCAAUCACUGACCGCCGGUCAGCCCUCUUUCAGAUCCUCUUUGCUGUCUUCGACUCACUGGAGGGCUUCGUCAUCGUCAUGGUGCACUGCAUCCUGCGCAGAGAGGUUCAGGAAGCAGUAAAGUGUCGAGUUGUUGAUCGCCAAGAAGAUGGCAAUGGUGACUCAGCUGGAUCUUUUCAGAAUGGCCAUGCUCAGCUUAUGACUGACUUUGAGAAGGAUGUGGAUAUGGCUUGUAGAUCAGGCACUAUGAAGCGCUCCUCCCUUCAGGGUGAAGAGAAGUUAACACCUCAGCAGCUCACACUCCAGAAGGGCUCCAACUUCAACACCAUGCCAGCCAGCAUGGCCAAAGUUCACCUGCAGAAUGUGGCCGAUUACUCCAGCCACACACUUACUCUGCGCCGAGAGAAAGGGGCCAUCGCUGGGGUCAGUACAGAACUGCCUGGAGCUAAGUCCAUCUACAUCUGCGAUGGGGAGCUCUUCAAGCAGCUUGAUGGGGAUCUAAACCGAGGCCCAGGGGACAGCACCAGCUCUGAGGGAGGAGGGGUGGCUCAGGGUUACGUCAUCCUGCCCAACAACAACAUGGCCACUCUCAGGCCAGCCAAGGCCUGCAAGGAAGACCAGGCCAGCAAAUACAAUAUCAGCAUUGAGCAGCUGCCCCAGACCCGACUCAUUCACCUGACCAAUUCCGCUGGCACAGAGCCUGGGGUGGCCUUCGGCCUGAAGCCCCUCCCGUCUGAACGGGUCAGCGUGUCCUGCUCAGAGAGAGACUCCCCCGUGAAGACAGUGCAGAACAUCUCUAGUGAAGUACAGAUGACCAACAGCGCAUGCGAACCUGGGGACUCUGGCACUUCAGGCGUGAUGUCAAAGAGUGAGACUGUCUCUACACUGUCCAUGAGCUCCCUGGAGAGAAGAAAAUCACGCUAUGCAGAGUUGGAUUUUGAGAAAAUCAUGCACACACGCAAGCGCCACCAAGACAUGUUCCAGGACCUGAACAGGAAGCUGCAGCAUGCAGAGAAGGACAGAGACUCUCCCCCAGUGGACAGCAAGCCUGGAAAGAGAUGGAGUGUGUCAUCUGGAGGCAGUGAUAAGACCAACCUUAGCGACAAGCAGCAGACACCCAGCAAGCGGGCAUGGGAAGGCAUCAGAAAGACCCACUCUCCCCCAUCAUGGGUGCGCAAGGAGCUGGAGCCCCUGCAAGCCUCCCCUCUAGAGAUGCAAGCAGUGGAGUGGGAGAAGGCUAGUGCAACCAUCCCUCUGGUGGGCCAGGAGAUCAUGGACCUGCAGACAGAGGUCUGAGAGGCCUCCGGCACUGUACAUAGGCUUGGAACAAACUCCACUGGCAGGGAACAGAGAAAUAGAGAUACAGAGAGAAAGUGAGAAGUGAGGAAGACUGUGUGUGAUAAAUACAGAAGAAUAUGGAAGAAUGGCCUGGCAAUUUUCUUUGGUGUGCAAUUUGUUUGAUGUUGAUGCUGGAAUGGCCUUUUCCUUGAAGCCGAGGGGAAUCGUAACACAUGGAAAAUACACUAUGAACAUGCUACUGUAGAAAUGGCCCAGCAUUACCCAGACUGAGCAGGUGAGUUUUGGAGAUUGCCAUGUGAACAUAGGGACUGACUAACCAAGGAGGUAAAAGGAAAUUCAGGCUGUGAUUGAGAGGAGCCUGAGUGUGUGGCCUUCAGUUUCUUACAUUCUUCUUGAACAUACAAACAAACCCAGACACACAGACAGACACACACAAAUUUCUCUACACAACAAAGGUUUAAGACCAGUAUGGAUAAGGAUAUUUGGAUUUCUACACACAAAAAGCCUUCUAGCAAAGGUCUAGAAAGCCACAAAUAUACUGGAAAACCUCAUUUCAUAAGCAAUCACUCAAUAUUCCUGUAAUCAUGAUUCUGAUUAAUUAUUAUUAUUAUUAUUAUUAUUAUUAUUAAUGUGCCACAAAACAAAUACCUAUGCUACUUCAGCUUUGAUGGGUUUUAUGGUGGUGGGGUCUGCACUACCCAAGUACAGAGGCCAAAGCCAUCCGCGUAUGACUGUUAAUGAGAGGAACACCUGCUCCACAUGCCCUUCCACACUAACUGAACGGGGGAUUUGACCACAUGACUCUACCAAGCCAAAACCACCCACAUUAGUGCCACAUGAGUGCCGCCCACAGCCCAGCGUCAGCCAAUGGGCCACUGGCCACACGCUAGCCAUCCACGGAUGCUUGGGAAAUAUCUGGGCAAGGCUAUGAUCUUACAAUGCCAUCAGUGAGGGACUCUCCCUCUGUGAUCCUGUUGGUGUAUUCUUCACUGCAGACAGGGCAUGACUGCUGGAUCAGAGUGGCGAGCCCAUCUGUGGAUGUGCUGCCAUAAAAAGGAUGACUCUGUUCACUUCACGGUGGCGCCUUGACACGCUCAUUGGGACUGUGGAAGAUGCUGAUCACACUAAGGAAGAAAGUUAGCCUUGAAUAAAAUGCAAGCUGAUAAAUAAAUGCACAAUUUACACACACACACACACACGUGUGUGUGUGUGUGUGUGUGUGUGUGUGUGUGUGUGUGUGUGUGAUAUAAAUAGAUACAAAAAAACAAGAAUUUGCAAUUUGAUUAUGUGGUCAGAUGAUGGUUGCACACAAAGAAAGCACAAGGCUUCAUCCUCAGAGUCCUGUUGUACAGCAUUGUAAUUAUUUCCAGAAGAGUUCUACAGAAUUAAUUUUAGCCUAUAAAUAUCUUUCUUACUGUGCUUGGGGAAUAUUGUUAUUCUUAUGAAGAAAAAUCAUUGCGAUUAUGAGAUCCCCAAAUCUCGUCAGGUUACUGGACUAUAUGAGUGUUCUGUAACUUCAUGUAACAGUGUGUGUUUUAAUAUCACUGACUGUCACUCCAGAAGAUCUGUACUUGUCUGAUCUCCCAAUCGAACAGCACCACCCCCUCCCUUUUUUAGUUAACUGGGUCUCUUUGUUAAUGUACAGUUUUCAGAGCACAAGAUGAAUGUGUCAUAUUUCUAAUAAAAAAAUCUAUAUAAUCAUU